ACAGGGAUCCAAGAAGUUCACGUGGCACCAAACUUUGAUAAUUCUGCAAUCAGAGAGAGACAGAAAGUUGAUGGAGACUAUUUAAUUUGAACGCGUGCAUGCGUUAUUUUCGAAGACAGUAAGCAAAUAACUCAAACAGGAGCAGCCAUGGAUACCGCAAAUGCAGCUCCUUUGCACAUAGCAAUAUUUCCAUGGUUUGCUAUGGGCCAUCUAACCCCAUCUCUUCACCUCUCCAACAAGCUUGCACAGAGAGGCCACAGAAUCUCCUUCAUAGGCCCCAAAAAAACACAAACCAAACUACAACACCUCAAUCUUCACCCUCAUCUAAUCACCUUUGUUCCCAUCAAAGUUCCUCAUGUCAAUGGUCUUCCUCACGAUGCUGAAACUACUUCAGAUGUGCCCUUCUCUUUAUUCCCACUUAUUGCCGAGGCUAUGGAUCGCACUGAGAAGGACAUCGAAAUUCUCCUAAGGGAACUGAAGCCACAAAUUGUUUUCUUCGAUUUCCAACAUUGGCUACCAAACUUGACUAGAAGACUAGGCAUCAAGAGUGUUAUGUAUGUCAUUAUUAAUCCGUUAUCAACAGCGUACUUCGCAAACGGACCAAGGAAAAGCAAAGGAAGAGAGUUAACUGAACUUGAUCUAAUGGUGCCCCCUCAGGGGUUCCCUGAUUCAUGCAUCAAGUUUCAGCCACAUGAGCUUCGGUUCCUCGUUGGAGUAAGGAAACUCGAGUUUGGAAGUGGGGUUCUUCUCUAUGAUCGGUACCACACUGCAGCGAGCAUGGCAGAUGCAAUAGGAUUCAAAGGUUGCAAAGAAAUUGAUGGACCAUAUGCUGAGUAUCUUGAAACUGUGUAUGGGAAACCUGUUUUACUUUCAGGGCCUCUUUUACCUGAGCCUCCGAACACUACUUUAGAGGGAAAAUGGGUUUCAUGGCUUGGGAGAUUCAACCCUGGUUCUGUUGUUUUCUGUGCUUAUGGAAGUGAAAGCCGGUUACCGCAAAAUCAACUUCAAGAGUUGUUGCUUGGUCUUGAGCUAACAGGUUUUCCAUUUCUUGCAGCACUUAAGCCCCCUAAUGGUUUUGAGUCUAUUGAAGAAGCACUUCCAGAAGGGUUCAGAGAAAGGGUUCAAGGAAGAGGGAUUGUAGAUGAAGGUUGGGUGCAACAACAAUUGAUUUUAGGACACCCUUCUGUCGGGUGCUUCAUAACACACUGUGGAGCUGCUUCUUUGACAGAGGCGCUUGUGAAUAAGUGUAGGUUGGUUUUCUUACCGCAUCUGGGUGCUGAUCAACUCAUAAAUUGCCGAAUGUUUAGUAGAAAGUUAAGGGUUGGUGUGGAAAUUGAGAAAGGUGAAGAAGAUGGGUUGUUCACAAAAGAAAGUGUAUGCAAAGCUGUGAAAAUUGUGAUGGAUGAUGGGAAUGAGGUUGGAAGAGAAGUGAGAGAAAAUCAUAGCAAACUGAGGAACUUCUUACUAAGCGACAACGUAGAGUCAGAAUGUGUUGAUGGUUUCUGCAAAGGACUUCAUGAUUUACUUAAUUUGAAAAGACUCGUCAUGUGUUGAUAGAUUCUGCCAAGGACCUCAUGAUUUUUCUUGAUAAGUAUGUAAACAUACGAGCUACGCUGCCGAUGAAUAAAAUAUUUUAUAUUUUCUUGGGUUGAAUCAAUGUUUUAAAAAUUGUUCCAGUACUCAUUGACCAGUGGAAGAUCUGGUUAUUAAUUAAACUGUAAGAUCUGGUUUCUAAUAAAAAUUAAAUUUUAUCAUAGAUUA